AUGAUCACACUCAGAAACCAGCCUCCACUAAGACCACUAAUGCCUACCAGUCAGGGCCAUAUCCUGCCACAGGAGCGUCCAGAAGACCCACAAGAUUCUUCACUGGAGCCAAUUGCUAUGGACGAAGAGUCCACAGAACCAAUCCCAAUGGACGAAGAACCAAAAGAAGUUGAUUUGUCCACGGAAGUGGAGGACCAAAAUGAACAAAAGUUGUCCAUAGUGCUCGAACAGGAACCACCAAAAGAACUGUUGUGGCCUGUGGAAUAUGGACCAAAAGAACCACUACCACGUCCUGAGGAACCAAACGAACCAAUAGUACCACGAGAGGACAAAGAGGCAAAAGUAAUGGUACCCCUAAUGGGUGAGGAGCAAACCAAACCGCUGGAUAUGCAAGACCAAACUGAUGAUGGACAAACAGGACCGCCCCAGGCAGCGGAAAGACCACAGAUGUCAGUUUCACCAUUGAAGUCAGAAGUAUUGCCUGAAGUAGUUGAGGACGAAAGCGAACCACAAACCGGUGUGGAGAAAGGACCAAACUUACCACCACAAGUGGUACCCAUACCAGGAGAGGAACCACAAGAGCCACUACCUCAACAAACUGAACCAGUGGAACAUUUGGAAGUGCCACAACUGGAGGUACCGGGAAAAGAGCCAAAUGAGAGUCGUGGACCACUACCAAAACAAGAUGUGCCACAAGAGACCACUAGGGACAAAGAGAGACAAUUUGAACCACAGACCACUAGGGACGACGAAGAGAACCAAUCAGACACGAAUGGUUUGGCGACCACUCCACAACCACUAGAGUCGAAUCCACAGCCAGACGUCGACGAUGACGAACCACUAGCAACCAAUCCAGAGCCAACAGACGAAAACGAACCGAGUGAGGGGGAAACUAGACCAAAAAGUUCGACUUUCUCGGACGAUGACAUGCAAAUAGAAACAACAGACGAUGAGGAUUUCAGGAUAGCGACAAUGGCAGAUGACAGUGAUUUUCUGUAG